ACUAUGACCCUAUUAUAAUGCUACAAGAUAAAGUCUGAAGCCUGUAAACUACCACAUUGUUGGAAACUAAUUGGGACUCCACAUCGACAGACAGUACUCUAGUACUUCUGCAACAGUGAGUUGAAAACAUAGGCAUACAACAUGGCAACUGAGAAAUCAAUUAAAGCAGCAACUGAACACCCUGAUAUCGAGUUCCAAGCUGGUUCUGGUAUCUAUGUCUAUGAAGGCGUCCCCUACCCAUGGUUUGUUCACGCCGUCACAUUAGACGCACUGAAAACAUUCGAAGUGAGAGAUGAUGACGUUUACAUUGUGUCCUUUCCAAAAUCAGGAACAACUUGGAUGCAAGAGAUUGUGUCAAUGAUUUACUACAAUGGUGACAUAGAGAAAAUAACAUCAAUUCACGUAGAGGAAAGAGUACCACACCUUGAAAUGAGUACGGCUAAACCUGGCAACAUCUUGUACAAGAAAAUUGCUAAUAUGCCACGUGAUAAACCAAGACUGAUCAAAACUCACAUGGCAUUUAAUACAAUGCCAGCUGAUUUCCACAAAAAGAAUGCAAAGGUUAUCUACAUUGCAAGAAACUACAAGGACGUCUGCGUGUCUGUGUACCAUUUCUUAAAGAUGUUCAAAGCUUACACGGAUGACGACAGAGUGGGUAGCUGGGAAGAUGUCCUGUCUAAGAUGUUGAUUCCAAUGCAAACGCCGUAUGGCUCUUGGGUGCAUCAUGUGACCAGCUGGUGGCAACAUCGUAAUGACGAAAAUGUUCUUUAUUUGAAGUACGAGGAUAUGAAGCGGGACCUUCGAGGCGCAGUAACCAAAAUAUGUGACCAUAUUGGAAAGAAGUUAUCUGACGAGGCCCUCCACAAAACUGUUGAUCAUUGUACUUUCGAGAAAAUGAGUCAAAACCCAAUGGCAAAUUUUACAGGUCUCGAAGACUUUGAUCAAAAUAUAUCCAAGUUUAUGAGAAAAGGUAACACCAACUAACAUCAUCAAACGUAUGACAUUCUUAAACUAAUAAUUGACGGCUUUACUCCCAACUAGUAUCGGAUUGUUGAUGCCACAGAUCAAAAGAUGCACACGCGCUAUGUUCGCAAGCUGAGAUGACCGUCCAUGGUGGCCAAACUUGUCGAUCAAGUUGUGCGAGUCGUGGUGGAGUUGCAAUUAUUGUCAAUAUUUAAGCAAUGUAUGGGCUGAUUUUUUAUUUAUUCUGCAAAUUAAGCAAGAUUGUUGUAUAUACGGAAGCGCAGGAGGUUUAAUUUGAAAAAUGUAUUAGCCUAGCACGUUGCCAGCAAAGGUUAUAGGCCUAGCUGACCACAGAAUUGGUAGUUAAGGCCUUUAAUCCAAAUUUAAAUUCGGUGUUGUUUACGCUGGCGACUCCGACUCCGGUGUGCAUCCUGGUCGUUCAACGCUGGAUGUGUCCCUCACAUCGAACUUGUUUGGCCAGAAAAGUAAACCGGAGCCUGUUACUCACAUUGGAGAAAGUAGAUAGGGUACCUGGAUGAUUGAAUAUUCAUGAUAUUUAAUUUUUUUAAACCAUGUUGGAACAUGAUUGUAAAGAUGUAAAGAUGUCCUGCACCCUCAUAACCUAUACCGCCCCAAGCAAAUUUUGUUUUCGUAGGUAAUUUUGGUAAAACUUCUUGACUUUUCAUAGCUCUUCAUAUAAACCAUAUUUUGUGCAUGGACUACUUUCGAGUCUGUUUCAGGUCAUGG